AUGCUGCGGUGGACAUUGGGUAUCACCCUGCUAGAUCAUGUCUGUAAUGACACAUUUCGUGCAAGGAUGAAAGUUGCUCCCAUCGUUAAGAAAAUGCAAGAAAAACGACUGCGAUGGUACAGGCAUGUGAGUAGAAGGGAUGAGAACCACCAAAAAGGGCUAUGUAUCUGGAGGUCGCUGGAAAAAGACCACGGGAAGAAAGAUGGACGAAUCAGAGCUGACCUGAAAGAGCUUAGGAUAGACGAACACUAUGCCUUAGAGAAUACUGGAGACAGUUGA